GAACAGGUGUCAGUUGUUCAUCUGGAAGCCACUGGGUACAUCAGAAGCGGUUCAAGCCCGACCUGAGACUAAACCUACGUUGACAAAAUCUGAGGAACGAUAUAUCUUUAAUUCAAUUUGUACCAUUAUUUGCACUGGAGAUAAGAAAACUUACAGGCAUGGACAGCAAACUAGUCCUCACUCUCCUGUUUGUGACGCUGACUGGGUGGUUCAUGGGCACUUAUGCUCAAAACACUACAGUGGCACCCACAAUCAGUGUGACUCCAGUUCCAACAACCAUCACAAAUGCUACCAGCAACACCCCCACCCCCACCAUCACCAACACCACAGCACCAUCCAACACGACUGCAGCACCAUCCAACACGACUGCAGCACCAUCCAACACGACUGCAGCACCAUCCAAUACGACUGCAGCACCAUCCAACACGACUGCAGCACCAUCCAAUACGACUGCAGCACCAUCCAACACGACUGCAGCACCAUCCAAUACGACUGCAGCACCAUCCAACACGACUGCAGCACCAUCCAAUACGACUGCAGCACCAUCCAACACGACUGCAGCACCAUCCAAUACGACUGCAGCACCAUCCAACACGACUGCAGCACCUUCCAAUACGACUGCAGCACCACCCAACACGACUGCAGCACCAUCCAACACGACUGCAGCACCAUCCAAUACGACUGCAGCACCUUCCAAUACGACUGCAGCACCAUCCAACACCACCACAGCACCACCCAAUACGACUGCAGCACCAUCCAACACGACUGCAGCACCAUCCAAUACGACUGCAGCACCAUCCAACACGACUGCAGCACCUUCCAAUACGACUGCAGCACCACCCAACACGACUGCAGCACCAUCCAACACGACUGCAGCACCAUCCAAUACGACUGCAGCACCUUCCAAUACGACUGCAGCACCAUCCAACACCACCACAGCACCACCCAACACGACUGCAGCUCCAACAACACCUGCCCCACUGGUGCCUGACACUAAUGUGACAAUUCUUAAUGCCUCUAUUACUAGAACUGAAUGUGGCAGGAAACAGCUGUGUGCAGCUCAGCCCCGUGACUGUGACCCCUCAAACGGGACAUGUUUCUUCCUUGGUGCCCAAGCGCUUGGAGGUCAAAAUUUUAUGUUUGACCUUGCAGGAGAAUCAGACGGCUACAUUGCUGCCACCCUGUCACGUAACACACAGGGAGUCAAUGACACAACCUACAUCUGUGCAAAUAACAAUGGUGUAGUCAAAUUCUUCAGUGCUCUUCUGAACAAUGGCAAGCUGACUCUCACAACGCUUAAAGUCAACACUGUGAGGGGCAAAGUCAGUGGAAAGAACAUCCAGUGUCAGUUUGCUGCCACAGUACCAGACUCUACUAGCACCACAACUAAAGCAGACACAAGCACUACAAGUUUCUCAGUGUCAGUCUCCACUGGAACUUACAAUGCCACUUCCGAGGAUCUGGGGAGCCCUACUGCCAAGAUAACAACUGGUGUGGUAGACCUGGCAAAUAUUAAUGCUACCACCGACAACCAGAUUAAUUCCACCACCACCACAGCACCAUCCAACACGACUGCAGCUCCAACAACACCUGCCCCACUGGUGCCUGACAGUACUGUGACAACUCUUAAUACCUCUCUUACUAGAGAUAAUUGUAGCAAGACACAGCUGUGUGUUUCUAAGCCGUCUGGCUGCGACCCCUCCAGUGGGACAUGUUUCUUCCUUGGUGCCCAACAGCUGGGAGGUCAAAAUUUUAGGUUUUCACUCGCAGGACAAUCAGACGGCUACGUUGCUCUCACCCUGUCACGUAACACUACACAGGGAACCAAUGACACAACCUACAUCUGUGCAAAUAACAACAGUGUAGUCAAAUACAUAAGUGCUCUUCUCAACAACGGCAAGCUGACUCGCACAACGCUUAAUGUCAACAAUGUGAAGGGCAAAGUCAAUGGAAAGAACAUCCAGUGUCAAUUUGAUGCCACAAUACCAGACUCUUCUAGCACCACAACUAGAGCAGCCACAAGCACUACAAGUUUUUCAGUGUCAGUCUCCAAUGGAACUUACAAUGCCACUUCCGAUGAUCUGGGGAGCCCUACUGCCCAAAUAAGAACUAAUGUGGUAGACCUGAGUAAUGUUACUGCUGCCAUCAACAAUUUGAUUACCAAUGCGGCUAAUGCAAUUACAAUCCAGCAAUCAAUGAUACAAGUUUUGCUGAUCACUGUGGGCAUCCUGACUCUGAGCUGGCUAUAAGGAAGCUGAAACCUGCCCUACAUUAACAGAUUAAAACUCCCCUAUCCAACCAUGCAAUUCUGUUUAAACUCACAGGUUUACUAUCAACAGUAUGUCCCAGACUGCUAUGAUUAAUUUUGUGUGAAAGGGUCACAUUACAAAUCAGAAGGACUGGUGGAGGGCAAUCACUUUCAUGAAGCUUUUUUUUGACUGCUUUUACAAGCAGUUAGAGAUUUUGUUGGAAUCUUUUGUAGAACUCUUUAAAACGGUGUGGUAAGAUGGGGCACAACUGAAUUAUUAAGAGUAAACGAACACAUAGUUUGAAUUAAGUGAACCACAAUCACGGCUUUUACCAGUGUGUGUAAUUUAUGCACAUUUUGUGUAAAGGGUCUGGUACCCUUUAAACCCACAUUUUUAUUGCUAAGCAAAAACAUUUGGUGAGUUUAUGGUUACUUUGAUUAUUAAACUGAUAAACUGUGUAAAAAGAAACUGCUGGUAAAUUUAUCAAGACAUUUUGUCAAAGAGCUGAAGAACCAAGAUGCUUUUGUUAACCAUUGUUUGCCUUUGUCUACCCUUAGAACACCAAAAGCAAAAUUCAUUUGCUGAUGAUGACAAUGAUGCCAGCAAAUGGCAGAGGUGCAUUUAAAGAAAAUUAUGUUCUGAUAGUAUAUUUCUAUUAUAUGUUGUUGAUAUGAAUGUUGGUUGUUCAGCAGUGCCUUUACGAUGAUGCCUUCAGUGGCUGAUGUUCACAUGUGUUGCUUGCUUUUUAGCAGCUGUUCACAAAUAAUGCUAUAUUUGGUACUACUGAAGAUGCUUGUGUAAUGAUUUUGUAUUACAUGUUUAUAAUUAAAUAUUUAUCAAUAAAUUAUUUUGUGUGUUU